UAUUGUUUGAUAAGUAUCUUUCACAUAAACUUAAUUUUGGUAUUAUAACAAUGUUUAUAAUUAAUUACAAUUCAAAUUAAAUUUUGCGUUACUUAGAAAUGUUUAACAAGACGAACUUAGUAAUUGUCAACAACGUUUACCGGACAUAAAGAUAUUAAAUUAUAUAUCUGUUCAACAUUGAUACUGUAAUGUAAACAAACGUUAUCAGACAUAGCUAUAUAUAUUAAGAAGUUUAGAGAGUGUCGACAAGAAUGUGCAAAAUUACAUUUCCAAGUAAUAAAGUGUGUUGUACAGCAAUAUCAUAGUUGAAGUUUUUGUAUGCGUAGAGUUAAUAACUCACAUUUUCUUUUAAAAACGUUAACAAGACUAAAGGUUUCUCUAAAGGAUGCAUGGAAUUAUUGAACUAAUUUUGAACAGUGCUUUAUUAUGGAUAUCUUUACAAGUUACUUGGAGUAUCUUGAUAAGUGUUUUUUAUAACUUUUGCAUACCAUGGAUUGUUUGGGGUUCUCUCAUUAUCGCAGUUGGACUAAAAAUAGCCAGGAUUCCACCACCAAAUUUAAACAUUGUGCAAGAAGUGCUUGGUGUAAAUCCUCUUUCAUUGAAAAAAGAUAAUACCAUGUCCAAAGAUCAUGGUAAUGGAGAACAAUAUUGCAUGCGAGUGGUGGCUCAUCGUGGUGGAGGAUAUGAUUUUCCUGAGAACAGCCUAACAGCCUUUCGUAAUAGCAAAGAAAGAGGAUGUACUGCUGUUGAACUUGAUUUAUGUCUUACAAAAGAUAAUGUGCCCAUAAUAUUUCAUGAUUUAACAAUUGAUAGAGUUACUGGAAAAACUGGUAAUGUUAAGGAUAUGACUUGGGAUCAAUUAAAACAAUUAGAUAUUGCCCAUAAUCAUCCACUUAAGGAUAAAUUUAUUGAAGGUGAAAAAAUUCCAUUACUUUGUGAGGCUGUAGAAACAUGUUUAUCAAAUGAACAAAGAAUAAUUAUUGAUAUAAAAGAAUCAAGAAUGGAGAUUGUGCAAGUAAUUUUAGAUACAUAUAAAAAGUAUCCAAAGUUGUAUCAAAGAGCAAUUGUAUCCAGUUUUAAUCCUAUUAUUGUAUAUAUGAUUAGAAGAAAGGAACCUCGAAUUGUAGCAGGUCUUGCAUGGAGACCACAUUAUUUUUCAAGAGUAUCAUAUUCAGGUUCAGAUGGUCCAGGUCCAACAAAAUAUAACAAUCCAUUUAAACAUAUAGCAGUUUGCUUAUUCGACCAUAUUUAUGCAUGGAUGUUCCACUGUUUUAUAUAUUAUAUUGUGGGUGUAUCUACUCUAUUAUUGCAUAAAGAUGUACUGAAUCAGUAUAUUAUAAGAAAAUGGUAUAAUCGUGAUAUUCGUAUAAUGGCAUGGACGGUGAACCUACCAUCAGAGAAAUUACAUUUUUCCCGGCUAUUUAAAGUUACAUAUUUGACGGAUACAUUGUUAGUUGAAAAAGAUAUGUAAUAAUAUAUGAUAUAUUCUAUAUGUCCUAAAUGAGCAUAUUUUAUACUACUGACAUAUUAUCACUACAUUAAAUAAUAAUCUAGUCUAUUCAUCAAAAUGAUGAAUCUUAUUUAUAUCAUUUUUUGUAAGAAAAUUAAUAUUUAGUUUGUUAAGUAAAUUAGGAAAAAGAAAAAAACAAACGAAAUUUUCUGAGAAAAGUUUUUAUUAGUCAACAUACUACUCUUUUGACAUAUAUAUUUAUUUUGUAUGCUUGUCUCACACUUUUAAAAUUUACAUUUUAAACUGAGGAUUCAUACAUUUUUUAAUUUUUGUAAAAAGUUACUUUAAUGUUGCCAUAAUUGUACAUUAUUUUUACAUAUUACAUUUACACUACAUAUUUUAUUAUAAUUAAUAUCAACACCUUAUAAUUACUUAAUAAUUAUGGACGGAAAUAUAUAUUGUGUAAUUAUUUACGAUGAGAUUUCAGAAAAUAAUAAUUGUAAUUAAUAAAUUUACUACACAAUAGUAGUAAGCUUACUUUUGCGGGAUUCCAUACCUUGAAUAAGUCCCGUUAAUAAAUCUUCCAUUUCUGUGGUAGCACGUUUCAAUUUGCAAUUGUCACUAGCAACAUAGGAAUCUAAAGCAAACAUUUAUGUAAAAAUAUUGAUAUAAAGUAGUAUGUAUUAUUUAUAGUAUAGUAAUUUACCGUCAAGUAAACGAUCGUCUGUAACCAUAUUCUGUAAUCUAUCUAGUAUGUCAUUUAGAUCGCCUUGAAUAUUUUGCAAACUACUAUGUUGUGAAUGUUUAUCAGGUCUUUGUAAAGAUGAUGGUGUAUUAUCUCUGUGAAUAACUAUAAGAGAAUCAGAUAUUGGUAAAGACGAUUCAUUUUCAGUGUUAGUUGUCAUAGUUUUCAUUGGAUAUUUUUCUUCUUUACUAUCCGAAUUGUUAGAACCCAACCAUUGAGAAAAACCACUAUCGGAUGGGUUCAUUUCUAAUUUCUUUGUACCUAAUAAUGAGAAGUUAAAUUAAAUAUACAUAAAUAAAUAAAGUUGCAAAUUA